AUGGAGCCGGAGGUUAUCCCAGUGAGACGAGUAGAAUACUCCGAAAAACGAUGGUUGCUCCUUACCGCCGUCGCCCUUCUCAACUUCUCGAGCACCUUCUCAUGGAUCAUGUUCUCUACGGUUUCCAACUACGUGGACUCGUUUUACGGCCAUGAAUCGGCUGUUUGGUGAGUUCGCAAGCUCUUAAUGAAACACUCGCUCAUCUGUUAUUUUCAGGUUCUCACUAAUCUUCAUGGGUGUCAGCAUUCCGAUGGGUCUUGCUGCCAUUACGAUUGGCUCAGGAUGUGGGAUGGGAACUGCAAUAAAUGUGGCCGCUGCCUGCAACGUUAUCGGUGCUAUAAUCCGGAUUCUGUCGGUGAUCGAGUUUAUCAGUUUUCGCUUCGGGCUCUGUCUUUUCGGACAGCUAAUUGCCGCGAUGGCAUAUCCUUUCAUGAUGUUUCUGCCGGCAAAACUGUCCGCCGAAUGGUUCCCACCUCCUCAACGAGCCAUGGCCACUACAAUCGGACUCAUGUCGAGCCCACUGGCCGUAAUGCUUGCAAAUCUGCUGGUCCCUGUUAUUGUAACGUCUCCAAAAGAUGUGAUAAUCUUGAAUAUCUCGGUCGGAGUAUUGUGUGCUUUUGUCGCAAUUCUCUCUGGUGUGAGUCUCCCUACACCCGCGUUUUGUGAAAACAUGAAUUUCCAUUUCAGUACGCAACUUCAGAAAUGAAGAACUGGAUUCAUAGACCGGUGAGUCCUCUGGUCGUGCUCACCUGCACGCAAAGUCUACACGAGUGUUUAUCCAACAUGCCCUACGUGCUUCUUAUGAUUAUUCUCGGUGGAGGGAUCGGAAUGUUCAACUGUCUGUACACGAUGAUGUCCGUGAUCCUCUGUCCUGCUGGAUACACAAAAAUCGUCGCAUCAGCGUGUGCAACUCUCAUGAUCACGUUUGGUGUCGUAGGAUCAGCCAUCGCCGGAUACGUGCUUGGAGUGACCCGAAUGUAUAAGGAAAUUCUCUACGUCACUUUGGGUUGUGCCGUCCUUUUCGGUCUCAUCUUCCUCCAACUGACACGUGUUCCCGGGAUUCCAGUGCUGCUCUUCUUUUUCAGUGGACUUUUCGGACUCGCUGGCCUUGCAUCCUACCCGGUCGGGUUGGAGCUGGCUGCCGAAUGCGCCUACCCGGUUCUUUCGGAGUACUACUCCGGAUUCAUCAUUCUCUCCGGACAGGCAUUCAGUGUGCUCUUCGUUUUCAUUGUAAAAUAUUACGCAAUCAGUCUGGACUCCGCCGAAAUCGUAUCCGGACCGCAAGUGUGUCAAUUAGGUGCGGAAGAUCCUAUCAAUUUGCCCAAAGACUACUCUGCUUCAUUCAUUGUGGGUUAAACACCUCAGUCACGUUUUCUAACCGGCUCUCAUUAUUCAGAUAAUUUCUUUGAUUGCCGUCGCACUUGUCGCUCUGCUCCCUUGCAUUCAUCCCAAGUACAAACGAAUGGAGGAGGAGAUGAGCAACGGUGAGCAGGUAGAAGAGAACGACAAAAAGGCGUUGAAGAGCAACUUCUUCUCUUGUAUUCGAUCGGAUUCCCCUGAGCCCGAAGUAGUUGUUCCCCAAGAAGUGAUUGCACCUCAGCAACAACCCGCCGAAGGGUCAGUCCAAGAGCUCUGCGACUAA